AUGACAGCCGUAAGGCGUCACUAUAACCGCCAGUUUACCCGACAAUCGGGUCUCAAGCUACACAUUGAAUUGUGCCCCAAUCGUGGAAAGGAUAUCCAGAAGGAAGAGGGCGAUACGAGCCAUGUGAAUGGCAUGAGCAACAUUCCUGGUCCCAAGCCUGUCGCCAACACUGUCGCCAACCCCACGGAGGCUUCUCAACAGCCGCUACCACAAGCCGCUAUACAGUUCAAGUCGUCCAUUGAGGAGAAGAACAUCAAUCGGAACCCAGACCAGGCUCAGGCUGGCAACGCGGGAAGGCCUAGAAAGCGGCUAGCUUGCGGCCCGUGUCGUAACAAGAAUGCCCGGUGCGACAGACAGCAUCCGAGCUGCGUUAUACAAGAACCAAAACCCCGCCCCGUCAAGAAAAACGGUAUCGAGGAAGAAGAGGGCGAUAUGGGCCAGGUGGAUGGCAUGAGCAACAGUUCUGAUAAGCUUGUGGACCCGUCACUUGGCAUGGAAGUGAUGACCAACGACUCGAACCAGCUCUGUGGAUCAAACCACGUCAGCUUCGGGGAGAGGUACGAGACACCGGGGUCUAACCUUGUGGGCCAGUUCAGUGGUAUGGAAGAGAUGACCAACGACUCGAACCAGCGCCGUGGAUCACGCCGCGUCGGGUUUGUGGAGGAGGAGUACGGGACACACGAUGGAGGUUUGGACAUCAUUCCCUCUCACAUGAUCGAGCAUCGGCUACUUCUUCCAUCCAGUAGUAGCCAUAUGGACGCCAAUAGUGCUGGUGUGAAAGAUUUGUUUGGAAAUGUACUCCCGGCCUGGCUUACGGGGGAAUAA